UCUUCACAUGUACCCCAAAAUCUAAAAUGCACUAAAAAAAUAAAAAUAAAAAAAAUAAAUUCCCCCACUCUCCCUUGUACCUACUCCUUGCCCUCUGUCUCAGGGUUAUAGAAGAGCUGCCUGCAGCUAUUCUGCCCCUGGACUCUGCAGAACCUUCCGACUUUUCAGAAGGUUUGUGUCCUUUCCCUAUAGUUUUUCCCAUCUCUCUGACCUAUCCUCCAAAAGAAUCCACUGAGCCUGAUCUAUUUUCAUUGCUAAUGUUCCACUGCUAAAACUGUGUAAGCACCUUCCCUCUAGGUCUGGGCACUAUCACAGAAGAGGUGGGCAUGUGAGAAUGUAAGGGCCGAGUUUGAGGGGUAAAAGUUAACUUAUUGAUGCUAUUUCUUAGAGAAAGAAAAAGAAAUUAGAUCCUCCAAAUGAACGACAGGCACACAGAUGCCUAAACAGCUGGCAAAAUAAGGGACUUUGCUUUCUGGGUCAUUGCAUGUCCCCUUUCUAGCUAUCCCAACCAUAGGAAUUUCCUGCUUCUCACAAAAUUGAAAGAAAAUUACUAAGAGUAUAUCAAGAUAACUGGUUACAAAGCCUCCUGGGUAUAAUGCCCCCAGUUAUGAGAUUUAUGCAGAUAUAUACAAUUUUUUUAAUCAGCCACCUUAGAACAAAUUACUAAAAAGGCAGCAAAAAAACACUGUGGCACAACAGAAAUCUUAAAACUUAAAUGGUUUUAACAGAAUGCUUAUGUUUUGUAUAGCUAGUUGCUGGAAGUAUGUAACAAAACCAUGACAGUAGCUGAAUGCAUAGAGUUGAUAGACAAGUCAACUUUGUUACCUUGUCUUUUGCCUUUUGGUUCUUUACUGUUAUGUUACAACUCUCAGCAUAAUUCUGUAAUUCUUUGCAUUAGCUACACCAAAGUAGCCAUUUCCUGAACCCCAUUUUUUCUUGUCUCUGUGUCUGAGUGCAGUGACUCAUAUAGCCUCAACACAUUGUAUUGCAUGUUCAUUUAACAAAAAUGUAUUAUCUCUAUAUACUUUUAUCAAGCAGAUGCUAGAUAUAUGGUUAGCAUCCCAUAAGUGCUGAUAGACUGAAUGCAUUCACAACCUAAACAGAGAUUAAGUGAGGCAAACAAAUAAAUAACAUACCAUGACAGACUCUGAAAUGGCCAUGCAUACUGGCCAUAAUUGGAACACAAAUGAAGAAACCAUUAUUUGUGUCUGGGUGACCUGAAGGUUUCACAGAAAAGGAGCAUUUUAACAGAGAUAUAAAAAUGAAUUCAAAUUUGUUUAUGCUUCUUUAUGCCUAUGCUGCCUUUCUUGGGGCAUGGAAAGCACAAAUUAGGAUCAAGAAUGAGCCUGAGCUGGGGUGAUCACAGAGAGAGAUAGAGGAGUUUCAGGCCAGAGGUGACCUCCGGGGCGGUGAUGGGAAUAAAAAUGUAAAAGUAGGUUAGGACCAGAAUUGAUUACCCUUUUCAGAUACCUUAGCCUGUAGAAAUCCUAAGAGCUCAAAUGUCACCCCUUAUGAUGCAUUCUCAGAAGUGUCAGAAUUAAUCCGGUUUUCUCUUUGCCAGGAGACAAAAAUUAAAUGUGCAUUACAACAAGCUGUAAAAGAAACAUGUUUCGAGGUCAACGUUGGUUGUUUUCAUAUCAGUUUCCUCCCUGAAGGAGAAGUCAAGGCUGUGUCUGUCUCAUUUCUCACAGUGCCUAACUGAGGAGCUUGGCAUAUGUUUUCUGGGUGUUGAACAAAUGCAGGGAUUGGCUUUUCAUUGCAAGGGAGUGAUACUCAGUCGGAGUUGUUUUGCUGCUCCUCAGACUUACCAGCUCGUUCCCUUCCUGUCCAUCCGUUUUCAUUCAUGUCCCUGUUUCCUAGAAGCUUACAGUUCCUGUGCCAGAGACUGAAGCAGAGCAAUCCUAAUGGCUCAAUUUCACCUUUUUCCUGACUUGCCCAGUGUUUGUUUAUGCUGCAAUCUGCAGUCUUCAGCCUGCCAGCCUGCCACACUGGUUGUCUGCCAUUUGACUGAACCCUCUGUUCCUGCCCUUUGAAAUUUUGAGUUCACCAUAAUUAGCAGGCACCCUGGCAGCUGCUCCUCCCAUGGAAGGUCAGCACUCUCAGAUGAAGCUGACUUUGUUCACCACCUUGGGGCUGGGCUGCUGGAGGCUGGUCACCACAGAACCAGGGACAGCCCUCAUUGGCUGUUGUUUCCUAGUCUUUGCUUUUCCCCUCCCUCGGGGCUGGCCAGCCACACUCCGCAUGGUGGCAUGGCCUGGAGUACCAGGUCAGUUUGUUUAAUCUUUAACUUGUUUAUAGACAGAAUCUAAUAUGGUUUUGCUCUGUGUCCCCACCCAAAUCUCAUCCCGAAUUGUAAUACCCAUAAUUCCCACUUGCUGACGGAGGGAGAGCAGUGGGAGAUGAUUGAAUCAUCAAGUGGUUCCUUCACACUGUUCUCAUUAUACUGAGUUCUCAUGAGAUCUGAUGGUUUUUAUAAAUGUUUGGCAGUUCCUCCUUCACUUUCUGUCUUUACUGCCAUCAUGUGAAAAAGGUACUUGCUUUUCCUUUGCCUUCUGCCAUGUUUGUAAGUUCUCUGAGGCCUCCCCAGCCAUGCUUAACUGUGAGUCAAACAAACCUUUUUCCUUUAUAAAUUACCCAAUUCUGGGUAUUUCUUUAUAGCAGUGUGAAAACUGACUAAUACUGAAUCCCUUUCUUGGGGAUGGACUAGAUGGGGUGAAAAGGCAGAAAGAGUGACAAAGUUCCUACCCAUUAGUAAUGAGUGUGUGACUUGAGGAUGCUUGGGUGUAAAGGGCUCUUUCUUAAUUUGCAAAAUGAGGGUGUUGGCAGCAAGUAUGUUUACAGUUACUUCCCACCUCAUAUUUUUUAUGAUUCUAUGAAUAGAACAAAGGAAGAUGUACUGGCGAAACAAUGAGGUAAUUCACUGUUAGGUUCUUCUAUUAAAAGGUUGAAUUCAGGCAAGCCAUUGCUUUAUAACUGGUGCCUUUCAAACCCAUUGUUAUUUCUGGUUCCCUUCCCCAAAUUAAUUUCUACCUACUUCCCCUGAUACCCACCCCCCCAUCAUUAAAGGCAUAUGCCCAAUUCUUCCUUGGUCUGCAGGGCUGACUAGCUGGGUGGGAGCAAAAGGAGCCAGGGAAUGGGACAGGGAGGUUGAAUCUUUCUCCCAGGGCCAGUGCCUUUCACGUCCAUUUCCAUCUUACUCUAGGCAGCUACCACCAAUUCAGGUGCCUGCUUGAUGUGGGUAUGGAGUGGGGUAAAGUUGACCAUAGUAGCAUACCUAUAUCCAGGUUCCCUUCCAACAAUAAAGGCAUGUAUUUAUACCUCAUGCCAUCAUUCAGUAGUACGUUUUGAACACUACUUGUUUUAGGCACUAUGCUAACAGAAUGGAGCUAUUCAUUCAUUUAUCCAACAAAUAUUUACUUCAUGCCUCAUGGAUAAAUGAAAAAUGAGGCAGAGUCCCUGCCUACUGUGAACCUAGUUUAAACCUCCAGGAGAAGGAGGGAAGCUCCCUUCAUGCCCAGAUCUCUAUUCAUUCUUGAGUCAUAUAUGUGGAUCUGCAUAUCUUUACUGAACCUCCUUGAAGACUGCCUGUGCUCAUCAGAAGUCUUUUGACCCCAGAAGUUUCUCACAGCGAUUUUUCCACACACACACAAAAAAUUGUCUUUAGGCAUUUGAUCAUCUCUCCAAGUUUUCAUGCUUAAGAGAGAUUUCGGCGUCUGGCUCCCACUCUCACAGCCAUUGCAGUACAUUGAGCUCCAUAGAGACAGCGCCAGGGCAAGUGAGAGCCAGACGGGCACUGGGCGACUCUGUGCCUCGUUGAGGAAAAAUAACUAAACAUGGGCAAAGGAGAUCCUAAGAUUUUGCCAAGAGGCAAAAUGUCAUCAUAUGCAUUUCUUGUGCAAACUUGUCAGGAGGAGCAUAAGAAGCAGCAGCCAGAUGCUUCAGAGUUUUCUAAGACGUGCUCAGAGAGGUGGAAGACCAUGUCUGCUAAAGAGAAAGGAAAAUUUGAAGAUAUGGCAAAGGCGGAUAAGGCCCAUUAUGAGAGGGAAAUGAAAACCUAUAUUCCUCCUAAAGGGGAGACAAAAAAGAAGUUCAAGGAUCGCAAUGCACCCAAGAGGCCUCCUUCGGCCUUUUUCCUGUUCUGCUCUGAGUAUCGCCCAAAAAUCAAAGGAGAACACCCUGGCCUGUCCAUUGGUGAUGUUGCAAAGAAACUGGGAGAGAUGUGGAGUAACACUGCUGCAGAUGACAAGCAGCCUUAUGAAAAGAAGGCUGCGAAGCUUAAGGAAAAAUGUGAAAAGGAUAUUGCUGCAUAUCGAGCUAAAGGAAAGCCUGAUGCAGCCAAAAAGGGAGUUGUCAAGGCUGAAAAAAGCAAGAAAAAGAAGGAAGAUGAGGAAGAUGAAGAGGAUGAGGAAGAAGAGGAAGAUGAAGAAGAUGAUGAUGAUGAAUAAGUUGGUUCUAGCGCAGUUUUGUUUUCUUCUCUAUAAAGCAUUGAACCCCCCUGUACACAACUCACUCCUUUUAAAGAAAAAAGUUGAAAUGUAAGGGUGUGUAAGAUUUGUUUUUAAACUGUACAGUGUCUUUUUUUGUAUAGUUAACACACUACCGAAUGUGUCUUUACCACCUGUCCUGGUGGUAUUUUCAAUAGCCACUAACCUUGGCUGGUACAGUAUGGGGGUUGUAAUUUGGCAUGGAAAUUUAAAGCAGGUUCUUCUUGGUGCACAGCACAAAUUAGUUAUAUAUGGGGAUGGUAGUUUUUUCAUUUUCAGUUGUCUCUGAUGCAGCUUAUACAAAAUAAUUGUUCUGUUAACUGAAUACCACUCUGUAAUUGCAAAAUAAAAAAAGUUGCAGCUGUUUUGUUGACAUUCUGAAUGCUUCUAAGUAAAUACAAUUUUUUUUAUUAGUAAAAACAAAAGAGAGAGAGAUUUCAAAACCUCUCUCUCUUCAUAGUCUGGCCACUAAUCUUCUCUGACGAAGAUCAUACCACAGUAUUGGUUUAGUUUGUAUGUUAUUUGUCAGAGAAGAUGACUAAACUGCUGGAAAAUAAUGAGAUAAAGUAAAGGAGUCAGAUCGUUUGUUAAGAAAAAAGAGAACAGGAAGUGCAUACUUAAUAGCCUGUUCAAGGAUUCCUAUCUUCCACCCCUUUAAUGAAGCUCUGUAGAGUGUUGAUUCAUUUAAAAUCAUAUUCAAGAUCUAUGAGAAUGUGUUGCAUAACAACUCCCCCAAAUCAGUGGCCUGAUAGAGUGAAAAUUUAGUAAUCAUGAUUAAAUUGUAACUAUUGCAAUUCUGUAAAU